AUGGAUGACAAUGCUUUUGUGAUGCAUCCCAUCUCUGAUGAAAACAUUGUGACUGAGAUCAGGGAUCAAUUUGAAGUGAACCCCAAAAACGGUGCAGAGGUGGACUCUGGUGAUGACGAGUGUGACCAGCAGGACAAAGCACCCCGAAUUCACAGCCUGAGACCGGGACGCAAACUCGGACACUCAGCCUCUUCCGUCUCUGAGGGUGAUUCAGACACACGAGAGGGGGAGACCGUGGCCAUAAAUUACAAGCCCUCCCCACUGCAGAUGAAAAUAGAGAAACAGAGAGAGCUGGCCAGAAAGGGGUCCCUGAAGAAUGGAAACGUGGGAAGCCCAGUCAAUCAGCAGCCCAAGAAGAACAACGUCAUGGCCAGAACACGGCUGGUCGUGCCAAACAAAGGCUACUCGUCGCUUGACCAGAGUCCUGACGAGAAGCCGCUGGUGGCCCUGGACACAGACAGUGAUGAUGACUUCGACAUGUCCAGAUAUUCUUCGUCAGGAUACUCCUCCGCUGAGCAGAUUAACCAAGAUUUGAACAUCCAGCUGCUGAAGGACGGCUACCGUUUAGACGAGAUCCCUGACGAUGAGGACCUCGAUCUCAUCCCCCCCAAGUCUGUGAACCCCACCUGCAUGUGCUGCCAGGCCACCUCCUCCACUGCCUGCCAGAUCCAGUAACCCUCCACCUGAGAGCAGGGGAAGGCUGCAGUGAGUGCACUCUGCCACCGUGCGGCGACAGAGAGCAGGCAGCUCCCACCACUGCUGCACACUUGUAAAAAAAAACCAAACAAACAAAAACAAACUAACAGCCAUUGCUUCCUCCUAUGGUAGGACAUGUACUUAUCUGUGUUUAUAGAGCAGGAGGAACCUAACCUAGAGCCGGUGGCCCAUCCACAACAACACAAAAUAGUUCCGAAGAAAAGGCUUGUUUAUAGUAGGAAUGAUGGUUAGCUAGAGUGGCCUGAUGCUCUGCACCUCCUCCUAGUUCACGUGAAUGAGGUUUAGAAACACUGUUAGAUCAUCUCCCCUUUCCACACCAUCUUUGGAAACUAGUGUCCAAAUGUUUCCACUCAUGCAUUUGGUGAGAAAUGUAUAUAUUCAUGCUUUUGUUUCUGCUUUAGAGCAUAAGAAAGUUUACAAACGAGAGGAGGCCAUUUGGCCCAUCUUGCUUGUUUGGUUGUUGGUAGCUUACAGAGUUUUUGGGGGUUUUUUUACGCUCAACCUGAGCAGUUUACAUCAAAUGAGAACCAGUUAUUUAAAAACUUGAACCCGAAAAUGAAAUGAUGCAAAAAUGUCAGCAAAGUGUCAACAAUGUGAAAAAUGACAGAAUGUCAGUGUGAGCGUUCAGCAUGGAAACAAAAAUGCUCUUAAUGGACAAUAUAUCAAACAAGGGUGAAAAUAUCAAUGGUACACUAACCGAUCUUCUGAAGAGUAGGAAUGAUAAGGAUCUCACAAUGCAGAUUAAUUUAAAUAGAAUGUGAAAUACUAGCACUCUUACUGUAAAAUACAUAGUGCAAGUCUGAUGUAGCUCAAUAAGUUUCACAGGACUGGAGUGAGUGCCCUGGAAUGCAGGGGGAGGGGUGGGAGUGUCCUCAUUUGAGCAGCUGUUUUCCUGUCCCUAGAUCUCAUGGCAUUGGGGUGGUUGGGUACAGAAGCCUAGUCCUUGAUAGACAUACGAGUGGAUAAUCUCUACAGCGGCAGUCUGGUGGCGGUUCCUCCUUGCUUUUUGCUUUUUGCUUUUUGCUUUUUGCUUUGUGUCCAUGUUUUGCAAACAAAGUGAAUUGCAUCUGUGAUUGAGCAUGAGCGCAGUGAGGGGAUAGGGGAAGGGAGAGUGUGAACGAGGAUGAGAGCGCUGCACCACACAGCACAACAGCGUCUCCCUCAGUCCACAAGAAACUGAAGCUGGAGCCCAGUCGGGAGACAGAACCCUCCACUGCAGCCCCUAAAACUCAGUUCACCAAGCCUUCUAAUUCACCCCUUCUAAAAGUUUACCAUUGUGAAAGCACAGCAAUGUGUAAUGAAGCACAGUGAAAGUAUGGUAAAGCACAUGUAAGCAAUGUAAAGCUCCGAGGAGUAUGGUAAAACAUAUUAAAACAUGGCCAACUGGUAAAUUCAUAGUAUAACUAGAGGAAAAGCAUGGGGAAAAUUACUGUGCAAAUGUACCGUGGUAGACUUUUACAAGGGACCCCCCGCGCAACCAUGGUCGUUAUUAUAUAUCCUUGUGCAUGUCCAGCGAGAGGGAAAGGAACAUUGUGUAAUCCAGUGAGCACCACAGGUUGUGUCUCCAAUGAAGUGGAUUACAUCCCCUUUGCAGUGCUGUAUCCCAUGUGCAGCAGCUUACUGUGCCGCACAGCUUGGUGCCCUGCUGUAUUCCUGUGUUUUAUGGCUCUGUUCAGUCAAACUUCCACACUUGGAAGGGAAAUGCCCCACUACUAGUUUUCUAAUAGCACACUGUACUUGCAGUUGUACUGAGGCAACCCGCUUCCCAGGAGGUUGAAGUUGAUUCAGUGCAGCCUCGUGUCUUCUCUUUUGUGUGAGUUAAAAAACAUUUAUUUCUCCCCUUGUAUGAUGAACUCUACACACAGAAUGAACUACCAGUCUCUAUGUUGCUCGGGUCAGGAGUUAACAAUUUCUUUCCCAGAUGUAGACUUUUUUUGGCGUCAAAGUAGUAUCCCUCCUCUAUAAAACCUCCCACAUCUUUUAGUGUUGUUGUCCUAAUUUCUCCUGCGUAGCUUGGGUCCGGACUUAGUAGUUUGCGCUUCAUUCAUUUGAAAAAAUAAAAAAAUUAAGUAUAUCGUAUUUUCCCCCCUUUUGUUCUCAUUCUACAGUGUGUUGUACACAUGCCUUCUGUUUGUGCACAGUGUGGUUCCCCUCUUUCACCUUCACCUGUUAGAAAUGUAUGUCUCGUGUGUUGACAUGUUGAACUCACCGACACAGAAAGGAAGGGCUCUUUCGUCCCUAGCUCUAGAUCGGAAGUAAUAACUUUUCAUCCUCCACAACAAAAAGACCAAGCAGUUCCAGGGAGAAAUAAGACGCCUUGUCUCCUCAAGGAAAAGAACUGCAGAGUCCAAACACCUCUGUGACAGCGUGGAGAAAGAUGUGCUUCCGAAACCGUUACUGAAAUUCCAGCAAUGAUCAUCUCCUGCACAGGUAACGAUGCCAGCAGUAACCAAGGGUUUUUUUUUUCAGAGUUUGAGGGUUCAAGGCAGGCUCUGCCUCCCCAGCAUGCAGACCGGGUGGCGGUUUCUGAUACCAUAAUAGCAUGGAGUGCACGGGAGCAGGAUUACUGUGCAGACACACACAGCCUGGGAGACGAUGAUGUCAUGGACUCCGGCCUGGAUGAAGACGCUUCAGUGGCUGGAGACAGUACUGAACCUGUGUAUACAAAUGCAGAGGCAGUUUUAAAAAAGGAUUUCAUCGUCCCUCAACAUUACUACCCAGACAGGUACUGAAGAGGACGAUUUCCUAAGCAUCAUUGAUGCAAAGGAUAGGAAAGCCUUUGAAGGUUUCCUCUUCCAUGAGGCAGUCUGGAGGCCCGUUGAGGCUUUUCUGGUUAAACCAGCUUUUGCUGCACCACAUAUUCCCAGAGUAGACAAGUUCUACAGGAUGCCAGUAAAUCAUAAAGAUCAUAUGUUUAAAAUUGCAGAGGGUAGACACCAUUAUGGCAAUACCUGCCACAGGUACGUCAUACAGAUCUGUUCUAGAUCGGGGAGAUGGAAAGGUUGAUACCUUCUUGAGAAGAGGAUACUCCACCUCCACUUGCAGCAUGCGUAACAACAACUACCAAAUACAUGCUGCAAAAUACCAGCACAAGAUGUGGAGCGAGCUGUCUGCUUCCUUACAGACUCCUACCCUGGAGAACAUGGAACUGGUCAUGCAGAUUGCAUAAGAGGGAAAAAAUGUUGCAAAAAUCCAGUUACAGGCAGCAUGCAAUAGCAUGGAUACCAUUGCUAGGGCUGUGCUGUAUCUGCAGGACGGUGCCUACAUAUGAUAACACAUUUUCAUCACAACUGCCAGUAGGGGGAGAGUGUCGCAUUUUAUAACAAAUUAGUAGAAAAUAACAUCAAACACCUGGGUCCUGGGGAUAGUACAACAUGGAUACAAAAUAUAAUUCUAAUGUCAACCACCAUCAACAGGUAUCAUCCAUACACUAAUAGAAUGAUCAUGUCCAGAGGGAGUCUUUUUACAGGAAGAGGUAGAAUCCAUGCUCGUUUCCCUUGCCAUAGAACAGGUCCCUUCAUCUUCUUAAGGGCAGGGUCACUACUCCACGUACUUCUUAAUUCACAAAAAGAAGAGGAAGUUCAGACCCAUUCUAGACCUCAGAGGUCUGAACAAAUACAUUUGCAUGGAAAAGUUCAAAAUGGUGUCAGUGGCCACUGUCAUAAAAGCAGUUCAACCAGGGGACUGUCUGGAUUCUAUAGACCUGAAGGAUGCGUACUUCCAUAUACCCAUUCUUCAUCUUUUCCAAGACCUGGGUCUGCUGGUAAACCGGGAAAAAUCACUGCUCAGCCCAACACAGUCGUUAAACUUCCAAGGGGCAGAAUUCAAUACAGUAUCAGGAAGAGUGGAUCUCACGGAAGAGAAGGUGAACACCAUUUGUCAAAAAGCAAGUCUAUUGGCAUAGGAGCCAAGCUAACAGCAAGGGGCUUUCAGUAAUUUUUGGGGCACAUAGCAUCAUCAGUUUAUCUGGUAUGAGAUGAAAGGCUACACAUGAGGCACGCAGAGGUGUCUCCUUUCAUCAUUGAGCCCAACCCUUCCAAAUUCCCACCGCCUAAAGUGGAAACAAGUUUGCAUAUUAACCAGGUCAUAACUUUCCAUGAUUUUUACCCAAAACCACGUCAAUCAGAAGAGGAGACUAGGCACCACGUAAUUAGUGUAUGGAGAGCGCUGAAUUCUACAUUCACAGAACCUGCAAUAAGAGCAUCAGCACAGAUUUUUGUUUAAUUCACAAACUCGGGGCAAACCUGUGUCAAAACAGACCAUUUCUAGGGGGAUUACAUCUCGUAUCGAGUUUUAUAAACUUGAUAAAAUAAAAACCUGUACCAGGACCUAUCAAAGCCCACUCAGUAAGAGGAGUGGCUACCACUUGGGCAAGAUUAAAAUCCAUCCCAGUCCAGGACCUGAUAUCUCUUUCGAGACAUUUCUAAAACAUUACAAUUUAAAUGUGUCUUGCUCUCAGCCCACCUUUACUCACUCUGUGUUGUCUGUGACUUAUUUCACUAACAUUUGACCUACCACCCUUUAUCUACUGCCUUUGGUAGAGUCCACUCUGUGUGAAGUUCAUCAUAGGAGGUAAGAAGACAAAGAUUACCUGCAUUAUGGUUUCUUUGUAGGAUGAUGAACUCCACACACCUAUAUCCCACACUCCUUACCCCAUUUUUUGACUUAUGUUUUUUUAUUUUUUAAUUGGGACAAUAACACUAAAGGAUGUGGGAGGUUUUAUAGAGGAGGGAUACUACUAUGGUGCCAAAACAAGUUUAUAUCAAGGAUCUCUGGGAAAGAGAUCGUUUGGUUUAACUCCUGACCCGAGCAACAUGGAGACUGGGAGUUCACUCUGUGGGGAGUUCAUCAUUCUACAAAGAAACCAUAUUACAGGUAAUCUUCGUCUUUUUACAUAAACUGCUGCAUUAGGGUUAUUGAUAAUUAAAAAUAAUAUACGGUAUUGCAAAUUGGAUAUAACACACUGCUUAGGAGACUGAACAUGUGGUACACAUAGGGGUCGCUUCUGUGUAAGUCAGUGAUGUUUUGUAUAACAUGAGAAAUGCAUUGUGCUGGAGACCCGACACACUGCAGUGCAUUGUACAUAGCCAGCCAAUUGCAAACAAAAGCAUAACCAAGCAUUAGUUUUGAAGAGCAAUAGGAGUUUAGUUUGAUAGGACUGCUGCUCCCAGCAGUGAACCUGUAGGAAACAGAAACAAUGUUAAAGGUGCUGUAUCCACUUUAAAAAAAAAAGG